AUGCCAGUAGGUUGUCCUGGUUCUCAGACCACUGAAGCUGAGCUCCGAAGCAUCACCCACUCUCUUGGACUCCUCACCACCAUGGAUGCCACAUCACGUCAUCACAUACUAAACGGCUACUCCAAUGGUUCCACCAAUGACCCUCCACUUUCACAACUUCCCGGUGAUAACUACCUCACCGGCAACCUGGCAAGCGUGCUGGGAUUUCGGGACACGAGACUGGAUCCCUUCAUCGAUGGAGUAAUUACUCGGCGCGAGCAGACCAAUAUAUACCCAUUUGACCACUUGCGUUCGGUGGUCAACGCGCUGAGUGUGGCCGCGUCACGCUACUUGGAUCGUGUAGGGACCAUAAACUCAUCGUUUCAGGGAGUUCAUCCGACGAACCACAGGCGAACACUCGAACUGCUGAGUAGUACUCUCUUCCCGUUGACUUCUUUGAGUCCGACAGAUGUAAGCAGUUCAGCGACCUUGUCAACCAAUGACCAUGUGAAAAGCCUGGCACACUCCCACCUGAAUGGAGGGUUUCGUCGACUUGAGACUACAAAGGCAGGAUCUCCACUGCGGUCCCCCGCAGAAAGGUGCAGCCGAAAACGACUGCACGCGUUUUCGCCUAAUUCGCAUUUCACAUCUUCACCUCCGAGUGUUCCGUCUCCGAAUCUGAACGCUUGGACAUCCCCGAUGGAGUCCGUUGGCCCUUGGCGCAUCUCGGAGGAUGUAAACUACUCCAGCAGGGGACUUGGUCGCACGACUGCACACAGUCGGGUAGGACAAACGCCUUCUCCGGAUAGUCAAAUCCACAUGCAAGUGCCGCCAAAGGCAAAAGAGGUGCUAACUGUUGAACUGGUUGAUGCGGAUUUGUGGCGGAAUUUUCACAGCAUGACAACAGAGAUGGUGAUCACGAAAUCAGGGCGGUAA